UGAUCAUAAUGUUGAAUCUGCCAGUCUGGGACCCCAGGGUAAUGUUGAUCAUAAUGUUGAACCUGCCAGUCUGGGACCCCGGGGUAAUGUUGAACCUGCCAGUCUGGGACCCCAGGGUAAUGUUGAUCAUAAUGUUGAACCUGCCAGUCUGGGACCCCAGGGUAAUGUUGAUCAUAAUGUUGAACCUGCCAGUCUGGGACCCCAGGGUAAUGUUGAUCAUAAUGUUGAACCUGCCAGUCUGGGACCCCAGGGUGACCCCCAGUGACCGGUACCACCUGAUGCCCAUCAUCACACCAGCCUACCCCCAGCAGAACUCUACCUACAACGUCUCUGCCUCUACGCGUGCCGUCAUGGUGGACGAGUUCAAACAGGGUCUGGCCAUCACAGAUGAAAUUUUGCAGAGUAAAGCAGAGUGGUCCAAACUAUUUGAAGCACCAAACUUCUUUCAGAAAUACAAGCAUUAUAUUGUGUUGCUAGCAAGCGCCCCCACCGAGAAGCAGCACCUGGAGUGGGUUGGUCUGGUUGAGUCUAAGAUCAGGAUAUUAGUAGGAAACCUGGAGAAGAAUGAGUUCAUAACGUUGGCCCAUGUCAACCCCCAGUCAUUCCCUGGACCCAAGGAAAGCAAGGAGAAAGAGGAGGUCAGCACCAUGUGGGUGAUAGGGGUUAUCUUUAAGAAGAUGGAGGCAUCAGAGAACCUCAACGUUGACCUGACCAUUGACAUCCAGUCCUUUACUGACACGGUGUACCGGCAGGCGAUGAACAGCAAGAUGUUUGAGGCGGACAUGAAGAUCCAGGCCAUGCAUGUGAAGAGGAGACAACUUCACCAGCUCCUGCCCAACCUGGUCAUGCCCAAACGCAGGAAGCACUCGACAGAGGGGCUUCGUCAGAUGAAUGACAGUAGUCUGGACCUAUCGUUAGACAGUGACAACAGUAUGUCUGUGCCAUCCCCCACGGCCAUGCCAGCCACUGUGCCCACGUCAACCCCAGUGAAGUGUGGCCCACUAGGUCCCCCUCCAAGUCCCCUUGCGGCUGCAGCCAGCCAGCCAGAGGCCCCAGCUGUGAAGAGACCUGGCUCCCCUAUGCAGGAAGAGAGGAAGAGGUUCAAAUCAGAUGCUGAGGAUUCAGCUUUUGAGAAAAAAAGCCUUCAGAAGACACAGUCCCCACAACGGCCCCCGCACCUCUCGCCAGGAGAUGCUGGAGGAGGGGACCCCUCCCCAGUCCCAGAGACUAGGACAACAGAGAAUGGGGCAGCUGCCGGAGAGGAGUGCACCACUGUGGAGGCACAGGUCAAUGAGGACAGUAUGUCCGAGGAGAUGCCUGCUUCUGAAGGGGAAGGCAAGAUGGAGGCAGAUAUUAAGCAAAUGGUCAGUGCGGAUCUGUCUGAUGUGCCCCUCCUGCCAGCCAACCCAAUUCCAGUGGUGAAGAACUCUAUAAAGCUUCGCCUCAGCAGGUAGGAGAGAGGACAGACAGACGCAUCGACUCGCCUCCCAGGCCCCCGGCCCCCGGCCCCUAUACCCUGAACUCUACUGUGGGUGUCCUAAGACAUUCUCAGUCCUCUGCCACGGAAUGCCCACAGUGCUGCAGAUAAAGACACAGACCGACAACACAGGCGACUAGACAGACAGUCAUCUCUUUUCAACCAGGGACAUUGUCAGUUGACACGAAGGACGUAGCUGCAAAUGUCUCCACAAGAGGGCGAUGUUGCUCUUCUGCUGAAUUCUCCUCGGUGGCUUCCAACCUAUACCUUACUGGUUAAAGGGUAGGAGUUGUCCCAUAGACACAGAUCUAGGAUCAGCACACCUUCCCCGGAGUCUUAGUAAAACACAAAACGGACCCAAGAUCAACAUGUCGGCAUCUUCAUCCUACUCCUUCCAGAGCUGCUGGUUACCAGGAAUAAACAACGUGACAUAAAGGUGUCAUCUUUCCUGUGCAUGCAGACGUGUGUGUGCUGUGCGUGGACGUGGAUGCUCAUUGGUUGUCUCUCUUCUUCUCUCCUCAUUGUGUUGUCCAGAGAACAGAUGAUUACGGAACAAGUUCUGUUGACUAAUGAUUUUGGGAUUUCUUUGUCCCAGUGGUUUACGGUGUGUGUGUGUGAGUGUGAGUGAAGCAUCUUGGUAUGAUGUCAACAUACUUUGAGUAAUAAAGAAGAGCAGAACGGAAAAUGAAGAUUGGGUCAGAUGUCUUCCUGUUACCGUUGUGAUAUACCGAAGUGUGUAACAGAUGACAGGUUACGGCUGCGCCAAAGGUAGUACACUAUAAAGGGAAUUGGGUGCCGUUUGGGACGCCCAAAGCUAAUCACUGUCAAUCAGUCAACUGUUGGGAUGUGAGGUGGCCUUUGGGGUUGUAUGGAGAUGUAUAGAAAAGGGUAUGAGAGUGUUUGGGAUGCAUCAAGAAGACAUGGACACAGUCAGACACAUGCAGCUAACGCUUGCUAAAGGAACUAGCUCAGGUUCGAGUACAUACAAAACACAAUAACUUUGACCAAAAAAAAAAACCUCACAACUUCUGUGGGAACAGAAUAGCUUAGUCUCUUCAGGAUAGUUUAGUGUUUUUAUUACGGUACUCGUAUGGACAGGAUACACAUGGAAAACAUCGUCUGACGAAAUGCUAACCGGAUCCUUCUGGACAAUGCAACUAUAAUAAGACCUAAUAAAAGAUAAGAGGAACAUCAAGUACAUGUCACAGUACAUGUCACAGUAC